CAGGGCGCUUCAGGGGACGUGAGUGUGAGGCGCGCGCUGACGGGUUUUGUGUUGAGCGCCCUGAUCGUGUCCACACUCUUGGGCAACACGCUGGUGUGCGCCGCCGUGGUCAAGUUCCGCCACCUGCGCUCCAAAGUCACCAACUCGUUUGUCAUCUCCCUGGCUGUGUCCGACCUAUUCGUGGCCGUGCUCGUCAUGCCGUGGCGCGCCGUGUCCGAGGUGGCGGGCGCGUGGCUCUUCGGUCGAUUCUGUGACACGUGGGUGGCUUUUGACAUCAUGUGCUCCACGGCGUCCAUUCUCAACCUGUGUAUCAUCAGCAUGGACCGCUACUGGGCCAUCUCCAGCCCGUUUCGCUAUGAGCGCAAAAUGACGCGCCGGUUCGCCUUCGUCAUGAUCGGCGUGGCUUGGACGCUUUCCAUCCUCAUCUCGUUCAUCCCGGUGCAGCUCAAUUGGCACCGGGACGCGCGCGUCAACUUCACGGACGGCGAGGACGACUCAGGGCCGCCCGACGACUGUAACGCCAGUCUCAACCGGACGUACGCCAUCGCGUCGUCCCUCAUCAGCUUCUAUAUCCCCGUACUCAUUAUGGUGGGCACGUACACGCGCAUCUUCCGAAUCGCGCAGACGCAAAUCCGCCGCAUCUCGUCACUGGAGCGUGCGCCAGCACCAUGCGCAGCUCCGCGCGCGUCCACGCAAGAUGAGAGCGCUCUGAAAAGUUCUUUCAAGAGGGAGACCAAAGUGCUGAAGACGCUGUCCAUCAUCAUGGGCGUAUUCGUCUUCUGCUGGUUGCCCUUCUUCGUCCUCAAUUGCGUGGUUCCUUUCUGCGAGGCCAACGCACCCGACGCCCCGCCAUGCGUCAGUGACACCACCUUCAGCAUCUUUGUGUGGUUCGGCUGGGCCAACUCGUCGCUCAAUCCGGUCAUCUAUGCCUUCAACGCCGAUUUCCGCAAAGCCUUCUCCACCAUCCUGGGAUGUAACCGCCUUUGCUCCAGCUCGGCCGUGGAGGCGGUGGACUUCAGCAAUGAGAUGGUGUCCUACCACCAUGAUACUACCAUGCACAAGGAGGCCGUCGCCCCGCCGGCUGGGCCCCAGCAGAAAUUUGACCGAGUCUCAGUGGUGUCCGACGACUCUCGGACUCGCGCCGACCCUCUGCUCCCAACAGCCCUGCAGAGCCAAUGUGAGGCUGCAGACAUCUCUUUGGAAAUGACGCCCUUCUCAGUUCCCGGUCAGGUGCCGGACUUGUAAAAAUUCAACCAAAUCUGCGACUAUCCAUCCAUUUUCGUUAUGGUUUAUUGUAAAGCCUCAGAGAGAAACAAGUGCCAGGCAAUGCUGUUCUUUGAAAAUCGAAUAAUGACUUUUGGAGAAACAAGCCAUAGUGGCGGUGAACUCGACCUUACAAGCAGCAUUUUGACAGAUUGUGGUCAGUUCUUUGAAAGCAAGUCUUUACCAUGUUUAAAUCCACUCACAGUUGAAGUUGAUGUCAAAAUAAGCGUAAAACAAAUAAAGAUACCUGCACGCCGUUUAUUUAAAGCAGCCAAAUUUGGCGGUCAUAUACAUAAUGUAAACGAUACAUUUUAGGUUAUUUAACCACAAUAGUUAAAUCUGCUUGUCUGAGACCAGUUGGUCAAAUAUGUGUAAAACAAUUCAAGAAGUUAAAAUUCCCCCACUAGCUUGAUUCUAACACAUGAUGAGAGAAUGCAAUCAACGGGCUACUGUCGUGUUAUAUCCUAUUAACACUAGAAAACCCAGCAGAUGCCGACUUGACAAGACAAACACUCCUAAUAUUCCCUAGCAAUGGCCGAUUUGACCUCUCCUCCAUGACUCAUGUGAUAGUUUGUGUCAGUUCACGUCAAGCUACAUUCAUUUAAUUACAUUUAUUUAUGAAGUUUGACACUUUUUACAUAUUUUUUAAUUAACUUCUCCUAUAGUCCACACAUAACAACAGAAAGAAUGGCCCAAAUGUGUUCAUUGUUUUGAAGAAGAAGAAAAAGCGUUUAGAACUGCAAUUUGAGUGUAAAGCAGGAAUUGUUUCAAUAGUUUAGAAGGACUGAAUCAGAGGCAUGGAGUAUGGAUUGUGGUCAUUGUGUCUGAAGUUAAUGUAUAGUGGUGCAUUUCCAUAUGAAUGGCUGUUGUCUGUCUGACAACGACUUGCCAAUUCAAAAGCACUUGGGUCAGUUUUGCCACCUCUGGGUUUUCCGGGGGAGAGGCCAUAUCGGCCAUUGUUUGGGACGAGUAGGAGUACCAGAAUUCUCUGGGACUUCUAGGGGAAAUUCAAAAUUUUGGAAAUUUGGCUUAAUCUUCGGGUUAGCGGGGGUUUUAUUGGUCGGUGGAGUUGAUUUCAACAAAUUCCGUGCAUUUUGCUGGUUCUAGGGCUCCGGAGUGGCUAAGCUAGGACGAGUCAGCGGUCCCGUCUUAGGAUGCCAAUAAACAACAACAUAUGCACGCAUGAAAAUCACAAAUGACCCAUGCAAUCAAUAGAGUUAGCUAUCUUUUCAGAAUAAAGUUAUUACAACUUACCACUGCAUGUCAGUAACUGUAGUAUGAACACCAACAUUUGUAAUCCAGCAGCUCUACAGGGACAAGGCUGCAAAGUGGAGUGAUAUUUUUGCCACUGGUGUACUUAUGUUUUAGCCAGCAGCAAGUAACCCCAGUUUAUAAUGUUCCUCGUUAUGGAAUUUUUGGAAACUUUCAUUCAUUCUGUCUGUUUUCAAAACCCCUAAAUGCACAUUUCACCGUGUUGCCAUUCUUCAGCCAAGACUCAGUAGACUGAUGAUGCCAUAUGUCCAUAUGCCAUACGUCCACAACUAUAAAGAAUUCAGGGAUUUAAACCUUUAUUCACAACAAUUUUCAACGUAAAAAGCUCUUUGUGGUGAUACGGUGGAGCCCCAGUGGCUUACAGAUUCGCAGCACAUUUGACAUAUUUAUGUAAAAUAAAUGCUAACUGUCCGUUUUUUUUCUUUUCACCAAGAGUCGAGACUGUUUGACGUCCAUAUCUAUAGAGAAUUCGGGAUUGAAGCAUUUAUUCACAAGAAUUUUCAACGUAAAAAGCUCUUUGUCUGUGUUUCCACUCGGUCGGCUUUGCCGGAGAUAGGCCCUCUAUUGAUCGGCUCCACGCCCCGUGUCCUGUCAAUAUAAUUUUGAAGUCUAUCGUAUGACCUAUGUUUUUUUUUUUUUUUGGAAUGAAAAAAAAACAUGAAACGUAACACCAGUUACUUUGCCAAGUAACUAAUUACUCUUACAUUCCAGUAACUGAGUUACUAACUCAAUUACUUUUUGGGAGAAAUAAUUUGUAAAUGUAAUUAAUUAAUUUUUAAAGGAAGAUUAACAAUACUGCCAACAAACUGCACAGAAUCUGUUGAAAUUAACUCCACCGACUAAUUAAACCACCAUUAGCUCAAAGGUUAAGUCUAAUGUCAAACAUUCGGAACUUCUGCUUUAAGAAAAGGUUAUUCAAACAUAAACAGUGGGGGAACUCAUGUGAAGAAACAAUAUUAUCAUGAUACCAUGCAUAUAUUCUUUAUCCUCUUAGAAAAAAACACUGAUGUUUCAGCAACUUACACAGUUAAAUGAUUGCAGUGUUUUCAGUUUUUAAUCACAACCCGGAGACAAAACCAAUGAACCCUGUAUUUUCUCAAGGGCAAAAUAAAACCGAUAAAUCAAUACCCCUUUGGCUUUGAUUUUGACUUUCAAGCUACAAUUAUU